UCACCAGGGGGGUCAUUGAGGUCCCUCCCCGUGGCUUGCAAGAGAGGAACUUUGGACCAAAAUUGUUUUUUUAGUAGUUGGGCGGGGGGAGUUAAAGAAAAAAGUGUAUUAGCUUUUUUUUCUCCUCUCUAUUUCUCAAACGUUCUUCGAUCAAUCCAGUACUUGAACUGGAGAGUUGCUUGCCGUCCCAUAGUUUGAGCUUACUGCGGGGAGAUGUUAGUCCUUUCCCCCCGUUUUUAUCCUGUUUUUCCCACUCAGGAGCUCGGCAUCCGCCCUUCCGUUUUAUCCUUGCGACGUGAGGGAAGCACGUGCCUCCCUAAUCACACCACGGCAGACGCGAGGAAGACAGCCAGGCCCACGUUCCGAGAUCCUUUGGAAGGAGAAAAAGGAGACGGAUUCUUUUCCUAGCCAGCCCCUGAACCUGGUAUGGGUAAUGGUCGAGCGGCGGACGGCCAAGCGAGUUUGAAACGGAACGAUGCCGAGGCCGUACGCCACGGACGGAGCUUGCCGGAGAGUGUCCAAGAGAAGAGGAGUGUGAUCCAUUCCUUGGUAUCUGGGGCGUUUGCCGGCGCCGUGGCCAAAACAGCUGUGGCGCCGUUGGAUAGGACGAAAAUCAUAUUCCAAGUGUCGUCGAAUCGGUUUUCUGCAAAGGAGGCUUACCGGCUGAUCUACCGCACCUACCUCAAUGAAGGCUUCUUCAGCCUGUGGCGCGGGAACUCCGCCACGAUGGUCCGGGUGAUCCCGUACGCCGCCAUCCAAUUCUGCGCGCACGAGGAGUACAAACAGCUCCUGGGCAGCUACUACGGCUUCCAGGGAAAGGCACUCACUCCCCUGCCCAGGUUCAUCGCAGGUUCACUUGCCGGCACGACGGCAGCCAUGCUGACGUACCCCCUGGACCUGGUCCGUGCACGGAUGGCGGUGACCCCAAAGGAAAUGUACGGCAAUAUCGUUCACGUCUUCAUCCGGAUCUCCCGGGAGGAAGGGCUGAAGACGCUGUACCGAGGCUUCGUGCCCACCAUCCUGGGGGUGAUCCCUUACGCCGGGUUGAGCUUCUUCACCUACGAGACGCUGAAGAAGCUGCACGCAGACCACAGCGGGCGGCCGCAGCCGUAUUCGGUGGAACGUCUUAUCUUCGGGGCGUGCGCCGGCCUCAUCGGACAAUCUGCCUCCUACCCUCUGGACGUGGUCCGCCGGCGGAUGCAGACGGCGGGGGCGCUGGGGUUCACGUACGGCUCCAUCCUCGGCACGAUGGGAGACAUCAUCCGAGAGGAAGGACUCGUCCGGGGACUUUACAAAGGGCUCAGCAUGAACUGGGUCAAGGGGCCCAUCGCCGUGGGCAUCAGCUUCACCACCUUCGACCUCACGCAGAUCCUCCUACGGAAGUGGGGGCACGGCCCGAACGUGGCCAGGUAGUGGCCUACCCCCGUCAGCUCCCGGUUUAUUGGCGGAUGAACGAGCGAUAACAGGGUGCAAAUGCUGGCUACGAACCCCCUCCUUUUUGACCCCCUUCCAAACUCGGACAGGGUCCUUGUGGUAGAACCAGAACGACCCAGGAGAACACACUUGUGACGGUGACAGCGUCCUCUCCCGUUUCCCGAGGAUGGAUUUUGCGAAGUGAAACAACCUUCACGGCCUGUAUUUCCACGAAGUGGUCUAGAUAUCUCUGAAUUCGCUAAGGAGGGGAGAAAGGGAGGGGGCGCCUCCCCACCCCCACUAAUCUCGAAAACCACGAGUGGUACCUCGUUGCCGAUUUUUGGCAAUGCCGUCUCGUUCACAGCUGCGCCUUUGCGGGGCCUUGCUGUCGAUCCAGUUUCAUCCGUAUCUCAGCCUGUGUUUUUGAAACGGGACUUAACCAAGAUUUGAGACCUGCUCCCCGCGCAAAUAUUUUUAACGCAAUCGGUUCGUUUUCCAAACCCUGGGAUCUACUGGAUGGAUGCUCCCUCUCUCUUCCUCACCUCCUUCCCACAAUUCCCAUUGCACAAGAUAAUCUCCUGAAACAAAACCAAAUACUGGAGCUUUUUCGGCAGGACAGGAGGCGUCUGAUUUAGAACUUCUGUGGGCACAUUCCGGGGAACUCCUGGUUUGGAAACUGGAUCGGAAUCAACAGUGUUAGCUCGGUUGCUCUUCAGAGCAGCAUUUAAAUGUUACGAUUUUGAAACAACAGCGUUAUUCCCUGGAACGGGGACGCUCCUGGGUGAGUUUCAGCGCCGUACGGCGCUCUCGUGAGCUCGGAACGCCGACCAGUGCUUUCUUUCAGUAUUACCGUUUGCUGUAGAAUUUACAAGGGGGGAAAAACCGCUCGAGGGGAAACGAGAGGCGUCCGGAGACCCUAUUAAGUGCCUGAAUUGAACGCGCUUGAAUACCCGUGGAGAAUCGCAGGACUUGGCAAGCAAUUGGAAGCCGCCUCGUAACGUUUACGUCAGGCCUCUGUGUAGCUUCAUCCCGAAUUAGAUCGAACUGUUCCUGCUCUUUUGCUCUUCCCAGACCCUUCCGACCUGUCGGACUACAACGCCCAGGGUCAACUCCCAGAUUCUGGAAAUGGUAGUCCAACCCGUUUGCAGGGUUUGGGACGGUUGCGCUUUUAAACCUCUCUCUCUCUCGUCCGUUUUUGAUUUCCGCGGCUUCGCGACCCGGAUGCAAACGCUGCGGAAAGCGUGACCUGUUGACCAGGGGUGAAUCGCACGCCCCGGUCGCCUGCCCGCUUCAUGACGAUGCAAAGAAAGGCGUGACUUAAACGGGGACCCGGUUCCGCGCAGCGGGCCAAAAAUUUGCCCUCGUCCCUUUUUAAAACCCAAAUGAUUCUCUCUGUGCCAUUAAGUAGUUGUCACGGGUUGUUGGUCAUGCACCUUCCGGGGUUGUUUUAGGUGGUUUGGGGGGUUUCUUUGAAGAUGGGAAUGCUGGAAGUCGGCUUAGUUCUGCAGUCUUUAAAAGAUGCUUCUGCACUUUAUAGUUGUUGUUUUUUAAAAAUAGCUCAUCUGAACAGCCACAAACCAUAUAGUCUCGAUGUACGCAAUCCAGAUCACAGGGUUGUCUGCAGGAGACGUCGCCUAUGCAAGGGACUUGUGCUGUCAGCAUAAUAUCUCACCUCUCUUCUCGUGUUUUUUGUCGUUAAAAAACACUUCCCUAACACCAGAGAUCUCCAGCCUGGAGCCCUCUGGAUGUGUGGAGUUCAAUUCCCAUCAUUCCUAGCCGGGAAUGAUGGGAAUUGAAGUCCACACAUCCAGAGGGGGCACCAGGUCGGAGCACGCUGCCUUAUUCAUCCGCUCGCACGCCGAAAUCGCAACCGGGGAAAUCCCAAAGUGAACAACACAACUAAUCCAUCCAGAGAGCGCUGUUCUAUCGGGAGAGGCCGUCGGCUGGCCUUCCCCAGGCACGUGGGAUCACAGCUCCCAUCACCCGCAUCCUUGGGGGUGAUGGGAGUUGUAGUCUGACUGAUCUCGAGGAUGUCUGCCCUGAGGAAGGCUGUUUCGAAGAGAGGCACUCGUUCCGUAUUUUUCCCGGUGUCUCCACGGCCACUCCCGACUUGCUAAAAAUGAAAUAUCCGAGCUGCUUUUAUCUCUACAACCCCUCGCCGCUGUUGCCUUCCCAACAAGCCAUAGACCCUCGAUAGUUCCGAGACCGGCCUCAAAAACAUUUCGUUCUUUAAUCGAUGUGUGUCCGCUGCAAGCCACCCCUUGACCCUUGACGUGCGUUUCCCCCUGCCUUGAAUUGACCGGAGCAGUGACGGGUGGACAAUAACUCUCCAGAACUUUUGGACUUACAAUCCCAGCAUUCAUGGCUGCUGGCCAGGGAGGCAGGCAGGCAGGGGCUCAUGGGAUCUGAAGUCCAGAAUUAUUUGGACGUCAAACCUUCUGCUCACGUCUGGGCUAGAAGACCGUUUCCCGGGGCAUCUUGGGGUGUGUCUGUACUUUCAACACUCAUCCCCUGCUCUUCAUGGGGAGCAGCGUGAAUUUUUUGGAGCAAUGGUUCUGGGACGGGACCUUUCCCCCCAUGGAAUCCAGCCAGGGGUUCCUUAACAAAAAGAAAGAAAUUAGGGUUCCCCCCACGUUUCUCUGCUGCUGCCAACCUUCCCCCGUCAGAUGAAGAGGCGACAACGGCAGCUUCGUAGGUUGCUUUUGCGUAGUAACGGGACCCACCAGAUUGGGUGGGGGGCUGCAUUAACUCAAUGCGCCUUUAGGGGGCGCUGUGGUAUUCUUUCCAUCAGGGCUGCUGAGGGCCUUUCUAGCUUUCUACCAGCGUGGGAACAUUCCCCAUGGAGAUAUGGCCUAUUUCAGAUAUAGUUGGAGAUAUGACCUAUUUCAGCCUUCCCUGAACUCGGCGCCCGCCAGGUGUGUUGGACUACAAAUCCCAUUAGCCCCCAGGCAGCAGGACCGUGCUGACUGGGGGUGAUAGGCAUUGUAGGCCAACAUAUCAGGAGGUGAAAAACUGUCACGUACAUUACAGAAAAUCCUGGUGGCACGUUUCAAUAGGGAGCAUCCAGGCUGGAUGGGCGCCGCCAUUUGCUCUGUGCGAAUGGCGUUGGUGAUCCCAGGAUAUCCACAGCCAAUCUCUUGCAUGUCUGCAUGCUAAAGUGUGUGGAAUCGUUAGUGAUUGGGUGAGUGCUCUCCAGGGAGGCGCAUCUGCCAUUAUGGACAUCCUCAAAGCUUUCUGGAAAAUGUAGCGGUCCCCGGAGAAUCGUCCGCAAACUGCACAUUUCAAAGGAAGCGGAAUUAGACAGCCGACCAGUCAGUGUGAGGAAGGAUUCUGGGAGCCAGAUAACUCCACGCACAGGGACACGCCGUUGUAAAAGGCUGCUUUGCGAAUCACACACACACACGUCCGUGUGCAGAACGCCGGCCACGACAGCUCUCCGCGAGGUUCCGUGGGUUCAGGGGGGGCGGUUUUUUUAAUAUGGUGAAUGACCCAUUUGUUUUAUAUAAAUGUUUAUAGUGACAUCAUUGUAAAGCUCUGUGCCAAGAGGAGGUAUAUUUAAUAAUAAUAAAAGUGAUUUAUCCAGUU